UGAACGUCACACGUUGAGCCGCGCAUGGAAGUUCGUCACCGUCGCCGUUGGACCUGGUGGAGCUCUCGAGGUUCUGAUCGGUUCCAUUUUUGUUUGGGUUUAUAUCAAGACACCCAGCGACGGCCCCGAAAUCACGUAUCGGUAAACAAACACAUUGAGGAUUUUGUCGCCUUUCAAGACGAACGACGGGAACAUCUCAGUAAAGCGAAAGUUAAGAGUCGAGAUGAGUGUGGAGGCGUACGGGCCGAGCUCCCAAACCCUCACCUUCCUGGACACCGAGGAAACGGAGUUACUCGGAGCAGACACCCAGGGCUCCGAGUACGAUUUCACAGACUUUACCCUUCCAAGCCAGACACAAACCCAAGGCCAGACACAGAGCCAGCUGGACAGCCAGGUCAAUGGUCCUGAUGAGGGUCUCCUAAAUGGUGGUGUGGAUGACCCGGUGGCCAAAGCCAGCCAGCUGCUGGCCGAACUGAACUUUGAGGAAGAUGAAGAGGACACGUACUACACCAAAGACCUACCUGUGCACGCAUGCAGCUACUGUGGGAUCCACGAUCCAGCAUGUGUAGUUUACUGCAACACCAGCAAGAAAUGGUUCUGUAAUGGACGUGGCAACACAUCUGGCAGUCACAUUGUGAACCAUUUGGUAAGAGCCAAAUGUAAAGAGGUGACGCUGCAUAAAGAUGGACCACUGGGCGAGACAGUUCUGGAGUGUUACAAUUGCGGCUGCCGCAAUGUCUUCCUCCUGGGCUUCAUCCCAGCCAAGGCAGAUUCUGUGGUUGUGUUACUUUGCAGGCAGCCCUGUGCUAGCCAGAGCAGCCUGAAGGACAUCAACUGGGAUAGCUCGCAAUGGCAACCUCUGAUCCAGGAUCGCUGCUUUCUGUCCUGGCUGGUGAAGAUUCCGUCGGAACAGGAGCAGCUUCGGGCCCGUCAGAUCACUGCCCAGCAGAUCAACAAGCUUGAGGAGCUGUGGAAGGACAACCCAAGUGCCACCUUGGAAGACCUGGAGAAACCGGGAGUGGAUGAGGAGCCCCAGCAUGUGUUACUGCGGUACGAGGAUGCCUAUCAGUACCAAAAUAUCUUUGGCCCUUUGGUCAAACUUGAGGCAGACUACGACAAGAAACUUAAGGAGUCACAGACCCAAGACAAUAUAACAGUCAGGUGGGACCUGGGUCUGAAUAAAAAGCGGAUUGCCUAUUUCACACUACCCAAGACGGAUUCAGGUGAUAUGAGGCUGAUGCAGGGUGAUGAGAUUUGCUUGCGGUACAAGGGAGACCUGGCCCCGCUGUGGAAAGGCAUCGGCCAUGUCAUCAAAGUUCCUGACAACUAUGGUGAUGAAAUUGCCAUUGAGUUGCGCAGCAGUGUUGGAGCACCUGUUGAAAUCCCCCACAACUUCCAGGUGGACUUCGUGUGGAAGUCCACUUCCUUUGAUAGGAUGCAGAGUGCCCUCAAGACAUUUGCUGUAGAUGAAACCUCCGUGUCUGGAUACAUUUACCACAAACUGCUUGGCCAUGAGGUGGAGGAUGUCACCAUCAAGUGCCAGCUGCCAAAGCGCUUCACUGCCCAGGGCCUGCCUGACCUGAAUCACUCUCAGGUGUACGCUGUAAAGACGGUGCUGCAGAGGCCUCUCAGUCUGAUCCAGGGUCCUCCUGGCACCGGGAAGACUGUCACCUCUGCCACCAUCGUAUACCAUCUGUCUCGGCAAGGCAACGGACCAGUUCUGGUGUGUGCACCCAGUAACAUAGCUGUGGAUCAGCUGACUGAGAAGAUUGAUAAGACUGGCCUGAAGGUUGUUAGGCUUUGUGCCAAGAGCAGGGAGGCUAUCGAGUCACCAGUGUCCUUCCUGGCUCUGCACAACCAGAUCAGCAACAUGGACAGCAUGCCGGAGCUUCAGAAACUUCAGCAGCUGAAGGAUGAGACGGGUGAGCUGUCGUCUGCUGAUGAGAAACGCUACAGAGCUCUAAAGCGCACAGCAGAGAGGGAGCUGCUUAUGAAUGCUGAUGUUAUCUGCUGUACCUGUGUCGGAGCUGGAGAUCCGCGUCUGGCCAAGAUGCAGUUCCGCUCCAUCUUGAUCGACGAGAGCACCCAGGCCACUGAGCCAGAGUGUAUGGUGCCUGUUGUGCUUGGAGCCAAGCAGCUCAUUCUGGUUGGCGAUCACUGCCAGCUGGGUCCUGUUGUUAUGUGUAAGAAAGCCGCCAAAGCAGGUCUGUCCCAGUCUCUGUUUGAACGCCUGGUGGUCCUGGGGAUCCGGCCAAUCCGCCUGCAGGUCCAGUACCGCAUGCACCCAGCUCUCAGUGCCUUCCCCUCUAACAUCUUCUAUGAAGGAUCUCUGCAGAAUGGUGUCACUGCAGCUGACCGCAUCAAGAAGGGCUUCGACUUCCAGUGGCCGCAGCCAGACAAGCCCAUGUUCUUCUAUGUGACUCAGGGCCAGGAAGAGAUUGCUAGCUCUGGAACCUCCUACCUUAACAGAACGGAGGCUGCUAAUGUGGAGAAGAUCACCACUAGGCUGUUGAAGGCAGGAGCCAAACCUGACCAGAUUGGCAUCAUCACCCCAUAUGAGGGUCAGCGCUCAUACCUGGUCCAGUACAUGCAGUUCAGUGGCUCCCUGCACACCAAACUCUACCAGCAAGUGGAAAUUGCCAGUGUGGAUGCCUUCCAGGGCAGAGAGAAGGACUUCAUCAUCCUGUCUUGUGUCCGUGCUAAUGAGCACCAGGGCAUCGGCUUCCUAAAUGACCCCCGUCGUCUCAACGUGGCGCUGACCAGAGCAAAGUACGGUGUAAUCAUUGUGGGGAACCCCAAGGCCCUCUCUAAGCAGCCUCUGUGGAACAACCUGCUAAACAACUACAAGGAGCAGAAAGUACUGGUGGAGGGACCCCUCAACAAUCUGAGGGAGAGCCUCAUGCAGUUCAGCAAGCCCCGCAAGCUCGUCAACACCAUCAACCCUGGGGGACGUUUUAUGAGCACCGCAAUGUACGAUGCCCGUGAGGCCCUCAUCCCUGGCUCUGCCUAUGAUCGCAGCAAUACUGCAGGUCGUCCAUCCAACAUGUACUUCCAAACUCAUGACCAGAUUGGGAUGAUUGGGGCGGGCCCCGGUCACAUGGCUGCUAUGAAUAUUCCCAUCCCCUUCAACCUGGUGAUGCCACCGAUGCCGCCGCCCAGUUACCUGGGUCAGACCAACGGCCCUGCUACAGGUCGUGGAGCUAUGAAGGGUAAGCCUGGACGUGGUGGGCGGCAGAGAGUCCGGGGUCUAGGAAGCCAGGGUACCAGUCAGGGUAAUGGACCAAAUAGCCAGGCAAGCCAGGAUGGGGCCUCACAGUCCUUCUCCCAGGGGCCACUGACACAGGGCUACAUCUCCAUGAGCCAACCUUCUCAGAUGAGCCAGCCUGGCCUUUCUCAGCCGGAGCUGUCCCAGGACAGCUACCUGGGUGACGAGUUCAAGUCUCAAAUCGAUGUGGCUUUGUCCCAGGACUCGACUUACCAGGGUGAACGUGCAUACCAACAUGGUGGGGUGACUGGACUGUCACAGUAUUAGAGUGUUGCUUGAUGAAGGGAGCUAGGCUUAAGCUGAGCUUAGUUCAUCAGCUUUUUAAUCUGGGAAAUAAUAAAAACAUAAAAUGGAUACCUGUUUUCCUCUGCUACAACCGAAGCACCACCGAGUGAAAGCGACGGGAUAGCGAUACCAAACCAAUGACCAGCGAGAGAAAUAAAGAGGGUAGAAGAAGAGAGAGCACGAACGGACGGGCAACAGUGGCCAAGAGAACAAGCGAGAGGCAGGGACCGCUGCCCAUGAAAAGUGAAGGAGGGAAGUCAAGAAAAUGGCAGCAAGUGGUCGAGCUGCUGAGGGAAACAGAGGGGGAGAUAUCGAGGGUCUCAAGGGAAUCCAGAGGCUCUUCUCCCAACAAAAUAAUCCAGCCAACCCCUUCAACCCACAGACUCCAGCGUUGGAAGAAACGCAGUCUCGUGUUCAGAUGGGCAUCAGAGCUUUCCAGUUGAAUCUGAAGAACUUAUUCUCCAGACUUGCAGGGGCCAUGAUUACAGGAAGCCAUCGAUGAGAAACACGAAAUCCCAAUGUUAAAAAGCCCUCAGCCUUUAUCUUUUAAAUUUGGUUUGUUGUUGGAGGAGAGUGGCAACAACAAACUUCCAUCAGACCUGAAAAACCCUCAGCAGCCUCUGAAGGAAGCGGCAUCGACACACCCUCUGGGAGAGGAAGUGAAAACACGGUUUCUGUGCUUGAGUCUGGGAUUAAAGAGCCUUGAAUUGAAAUACCUUCUGUUUGUUUCAAGAACCACUGGCUCAAUCAAGACCUCUUCAACAAGGUGGUUUCAACCACAUGCCAGUGGUGGAGCAGCACAGGGAUUUCAGACUGUUUUUCAAGGCAUGACGUGCAAAUCCCACCGAUAUCGCGAUCUUCAUUGAACAGUUUUUUCUUCUCUGAAAUACCUUUCUUAUCACUGAGCACAAUAUUGCAAAAAAGUCAUUGAAACUAUCAAACAUGACCAGCAUUGAAUCUUCAACUCAGUGUCAUUUGAUGUUUCAGCAAAGGCUUUUCCUUAUUUUAAUCUUUGAAAGCGGGGGUUGUUGUCCCACAGUGCUUCAUGACCAGAUGUCUUUUUUUUUUUUUUAAUACUCUGUGUACGCUUCGAUUGGCAAAUGCUCAAAUGCUUUGCAUUGAUAGAUUCCUCAGGGGGGAUGUGAACUGUUCACAAUUGUCACACAAAUCCCUGCUCAAGGUGAAAGAAACAAAACACAAGGAAAAGAUGGCGGUAGUCGAGGCUCACAGGCGGUCGUGGCAAUCAAUCCACCACAGGUAAGGAGUGGAAAAGGAAGGUGGCUAAGGGAAAGAAGGAAGCAAGGAGUGUUUCCACGUCUGAAAAAUGAGUUCAAGUCAUUGCCAGGGUUAAAAAUUUCGAAGGAAAAGUGGCUUUUGACUGUUCAGGCCUAAGACCUGACCCCUUAUAAGGAAGGAGUGUCAGUUACACAGCAUUUGACAUUUUAUGAAUGAAUUUCUCACAGGAAAUGGACGUUACAGCUGUACUACCCAGUAACAGAAAUCCAUAAAUGGUAGGGGGGCAGAAAAGUUAAACUUUGAUGGAGCAGGCAUCUUAAAUUUUAACACCCUGUUAUCAGAAAAUCAGUAAAAAGAAUCUUUGUUUGCUGUGGACUCAUUUCUUUUGACACUGAAACCUCCAGUGAUCACCAGAGGUAAGGCCAUCAGGAGUGAUGAGAUGAUGGCGAGCAGAUAAAUGGAAAGUGAAGGAGAAACAAGUAUCAGUGCCUAUAACCAAUCACCUUCAGAUAAACAGCUGCAGCACAAGCAUGAAUGUAGUUCAAAUCAAACUACCAGCAUAAAAACCAACAUCCACACUAGAGGGCUCAAUAAACCCACAGAUAAACUAAGUGUGUAUUUUUUUAUCAGAACCAGGCGGGGUAAUUAUGAGGUCUCUGAGCUCAGCAGCAGGGUGGUUUCUCUAAGGAUGGGCGGAUGAAAAAGCCACCUUCCUUCUCUGUGGAGUCAAAUGGAGGCUGGUAGUUUUUUUUUUUUUUUCCUUCUGUGGACUUCUGAUUUGUGUAAAGCUGUUUAGCCUACAUAAUGUGUUCAUGUAGAGUUCCUUCUUGGACUCAUGGAUCUUUAGCCCUCUUGAGGAACUUUGUGAACCUUAGCUCAUCCAAACAUUGCUUCUUUUUUUUUUUAGAAGACCUGCUGCUUUUGUCAUUUUUGUUUAGUUGGAUGUUGUUUAGCCAUUUUGUGUAGACUUACUCAAACCUGUUAUUGUAGCAACUAGCUGACUACAGGAACGAGGCAGACGCCCUUUUUCUUUCUUCACGUUUCAUGUCUUCUCCAAAACUCUGAGGGAUUGUAGUUUUUUUAACUCUUCCAGGGAAGGUAUUUUCUGAUCACAGUAAGAAUGUACUUCACUGUUGUUUCUAUCCUUCUCAUUUCAGCCGUCAUUUGACAAUCAUGUUGCAAGUUCAUGUCGACAUGUUUAAUAUGACUUAGAGCUAGUUCUUUUUUGUUGACAUUGUGUGAAACGAUCACCCGGUUCCACUGAAGUCCUAACAUGUUAUAGCUUUAAAAACCUGCUGCCGUAAUAUUAUUGCUUUGGUGUUUUUCUUCCAUCUUUUGAGCCACAAUGAAUUUGAACAUGUGCAGUGAUCCUUGAAGAAGUGAUUCAGCUGUAGAUUAGUUGUUAAACAUUUGCAUCCAAACUAUUGAUUCUCUAUGUCAAAAAGCAGAGAUUAAAUUAACGGCCAAGAGAGAGCCAUGUGAUGUAAAUAAUUUGAAAUUGUCUUAUUUGCAGUGAAGUUUCAUCACAACAUGGUUGUUUCUUGUUAAACUGAAUCAAUAAAGGCUUUCAAUUUGAACAUA